CAUUACCUUGUUUCCAUAGAAACUGUUGUGUUUGGAAAAACUGAAGUGGGCAGAAAGUCACUUUUACUUUUUGAUAAACAGAUUGGACUGACAUCAUCAGGUGAUCAUGUUUGGAGGCCCCGUUGAUCUAUCUUUUAAAAACAUCAGCAAGUUAACAGAUGCUUGGACAGAGGAACCCAGAAGCAGCCUUCGGCCUGUAAAAAGAAACUCAGAGAACAAAUAUUUGUGUUGUUCUCUGCGCCUGAGUAACAACAACAUUACCGACUUGCUUGACCUUGAGAGAACUGUUAGUCAUUUCCUCGCAGAGCCUGCUCGCCUUGCUUGGCUUGAUCUUUCCUUCAACAAGAUUACCCACAUUGACCAGAUCUUAUGCAGGCUGCAUGAACUGCGCGUGCUGUAUCUUCAUGGGAACAACAUUCAUAUUCUGUCAGAGGUGGAGAGGCUGGGGGAGCUUCAGCAUCUUCACUCCAUCACUUUACAUGGGAACCCCAUAGAAACCAACAAGACGUAUAGAAAUCGAGUGAUUUGUGCAUUGCCUCGCUUAAAGUCAAUGGACUUCAGUGCAGUGACGAGCCAGGAGCGCGUUUUGGCAAAGAUGAGGCAUCGAAGCAGGACCCGCAGUGAGGACAACCGCCAGUGACUGCAGAUCCAGAGAAAUCCUGACUCAAGGAGGGAUGUGCUGUGAAUGUUAAGUUGUCAGAUCUUCUUGUAGUUUUAACAAACUUCUUCAAAUUUGAUAAAUUUUUGGGAAACCUGAAGAAAUUUUCCAAAUUACCAGACUUUAAACAGCCGCAGAGUUGAGACUGUAAAUCAAUUUUAAAUCCAGAGCUCAAAACUUCAACUUUGCGAUGCUCUCUGCUACAGAAAGUUCAGAAUGUUAAGUUUAUAAAACAAUAACGUUGUACAUUCUUUUUGAAUAAAUGUACAUUUUUGGACCA